CAAUUUUCUAUUCAAAUGCUAAAGAUAAUUUCAAUGUUGUCCUUUCAAACCAAGUAUUGUAAAUAAACUGUGGGAGAUAUUUAGCAAUAAAUAUUUAGCGAUAAAUGAACAUCGCAUGCAUUAUGUAAAAUAUUUUAAUUGACAACACUGCUUCGAGCGAGACGUAUAUACACUUCAAAUCGUUUAGUGCUCGUUUUAAUAAUUAAAACUACCAUGUCUUCCACAGUAACAAGCAUCUUAAGUUCAACUGUAGGCUUGUUAUGGAACAAAGCUCGCGACUCGACUGCGGCAAAACUGAAGGACGGCGAUGUUGCGGAUGCAAAAGUUCGGGAGAUUGUCGUGAGAGAGUUGAACGACAUCAAGACGAAACUUGAUGGUCUUUCACGCAAAGAUCUGCUCAGCAGCUCCCGAUUCCUGAAAGAAGGAGUAGAUUUACUCUACGUUUCUCUUGAUAAAUCAAAGCUGGAGCAGAAAGCUGUGAUGGACCCAACUCAACAAGACCGUGGUGAAACAUCAGGAAUGUCGAGCGGAGUCGACUCUGGGAUCUUGAGCGAAGCCUUAGAACUUUCGCACGCCAUGGGAAAGAUGAAAAUCUACUCUGAUAAAGAGUUUGAAUCCGCUAAAGAGAGGUUUAAAGAUGCCCGUAAGAGAGCAACCGACGCUUUCUGCAAUGAGGCAUUAAAUAUUAACGACAGAAUCUUCGCGGCCAAACUACGUGUUGUUUCUGAGAUACUGGAAUGUCUCGAUAGUCCUCAAACCGCCAUCACAGGGUGUCUGUCGUUUCUUCAAGAUCUACAUAGCUUACCAGCUGUCUGUGAGAUGUUCGACGUUUAUCUUAAUGGCGGUGUCAAGUCGUUGUUGGGUAAAGCAGAACGUGUCGAGAACGUAAAAUCUGUGAUACUUAUCAACUAUGUUUUGUUUAAUCUUAAAUCCAAAUUCAGUCGCAGAUUUACUGACAGGUUAACAUGGCCUGGCAUAAUUGAACUUACUGAUCGCACUUUUAACCCAAUAUUGGAUUGGCAGGAGGUUUCGACAAGAAAGUCUAUGGGUAAUGAAUUGGGUCAAGCUCCCAAGCGGCUAAUACUUGAUGACGCAAUACGUCCACGUUUAUCUGCUGUGGACAGUCAUGGGAAUGUGGUUGUUGGAGAAUGCGGGAAAUGUAACAUCAAUGUAAUUCAGAGAACAGGAGAAACCAAAGUGGUUCAUGAAUUACCAGAUUGUGGAGAAGGCAAAGUUAUCGACCAAGGUAUCGUAGGACUCGCUGUUGAUAAGAAUAACAAUGUUUAUGUUGUUAGAUGGGUUAAAACGCAUACGGAAAAUUGCGACGUGGAAUGUUACGUGUUGAAUGUGUUGGAUGAAAAUUAUAAUGUAAAACACCGCUGCAGAUUUGAUUUCCUUCAGGUUACAAUUACAAUCCCAUAUGUUACAAGCCCAUAUUUUCAUGUGGUGUGGAUCACUAUACACACAAACAAUAAUAUGAUCAUGAUCAAAAACGGUGAUUCGAAUGUCUAUGUCUGCGAUAACGUUGGACAAUUGAAACACAAGUUUGAACCACAUUCCGUUGGUAUACCCUGGUUGGGUAUUUCAAAUAAAGAUGAAAUCAUGAUACCAUCACAUGAUGGCACGGCCGUUCACUUCCACUCCGAGGAAGGAAAUCUGAAAUCGACAGUACAACUACCAGAAGGUCACCGGGUUCUUGGAGUGGCACUUCACCAUGUCAUUUGUAAAAUAAUUGUUUUAACCUUUGUCAGGGAUAAAGAUUCAUAUUUCCUUGUUUGUUACACUGAGACAGGCGAACUGGAGACCUCGACGUUGUUUAGCGAGGACGAUGAUAUUAAAUGGUCCCCAUCAAUCACAUCUCAUCCAAGUGGUCCUGUUGCUGUUGUACGAGAGAAAACCAUCACCUUUAUUUAAGGAGAGUACUUUACAUUAUGUGUAAAUAAAUUAAAAUACGUUUAUAAUUUGACAAUGUGGAUAGAUAAUAUUAGUUUGAAUUAGAAGACGUUUUAUGCAGUUUUCGGCCAAAAACGUCAUUGACAUUGACAUUGUUCAUCCCAUAACUUUUCGAUUUUUAUGCACACUUUUUCAACUGUUCUUUGAGAUUGUUUUUGUGCGCUAAAAAUACCUUCAAGAAUGGGUUUUUGAAAAAGAUAAAUGACUUUUACUGUAAAGC